AUGGAAGAACUUACCGCUUUUGUUUCCAAGUCGUUUGAGCAGAAAGUGAAAGAGAAGAAGGAGCUGAUCACCUACCGGGAGGUGCUGGAAAGCGGACCCGCCAGGGGAACUAAGGAGUCCGGGGGCUCCAACGAGUCCAGCGCCGAGGAGAACGGCAGCCCGGCGGCCCGGGGAGCUGGAGGAAGCGGCGGGGUGGGACGCGAAGGUAAAGGCUCCGGCUGGGGUGGGGUGGGAUGGGGCGGGGGCCGCGCGGGAAGCGGCGGGGUGGGACGGCGAUCGCCGGUGCGAGAGCUGGACAUGGGCGCCGUCGACAGGAACCGGGACGCGGACACUCCUAAACUCAGCGAAGUUUCGCCGGAGCUGAAAGAGCGCAAAGAGGAUGCCAAAGCGAUGGAAGACGAAGGGCAGACGAAAAUCAAGCAGCGGCGGAGUCGCACCAAUUUCACCUUGGAGCAGCUGAACGAGCUGGAGCGCCUGUUCGACGAGACCCACUACCCGGACGCCUUCAUGCGGGAGGAGCUCAGCCAGCGGCUGGGACUGUCGGAAGCCCGGGUGCAGGUCUGGUUUCAGAACAGAAGAGCUAAAUGCAGAAAGCAAGAAAACCAGCUCCAUAAAGGGGUUCUCAUUGGAGCAGCAAGCCAGUUUGAAGCAUGCCGAGUUGCUCCCUACGUGAAUGUUGGUGCUUUGCGGAUGCCUUUCCAGCAGGAUAGUCAUUGCAACGUGACGCCCUUGUCCUUUCAGGUGCAGGCACAGCUGCAGCUGGACAGCGCCGUGGCGCACGCGCACCACCACCUCCACCCGCACCUGGCGGCGCACGCGCCCUACAUGAUGUUCCCGGCCCCGCCCUUCGGCCUGCCCUUGGCCACCCUGGCGGCGGAGUCUGCCUCGGCCGCUUCGGUGGUGGCCGCGGCCGCGGCGGCCAAGACCACCAGCAAGAACUCGAGCAUCGCGGACCUCAGACUCAAAGCCAAAAAGCACGCGGCCGCGCUGGGCCUGUGA